UUUCAGGGACCAUUUGACGGCUUUCUUAGUUUUAGCCAAGGAGCUUCUUUUAUCUAUUUGUUACUUGCGUCAAAUCCUUCAUUAAAUAUUCGUUUUGUGAUAUUAUUUUCUGGUUUUAAAAGUCUUUCUAGUUUUCAUAAUCAAUUUAAUUUUGUUAAAAUUUGUGUUAAAAGUUUGCAUAUUUGGGGAUUAAAUGAUGAGGUGAUUUUUUUAAAUAAAAAUUAUUUUAAUAAAAAAAAGAUUGUUUUACCCAAACGAAGUGAGGAAUUAUCUGAAGAAUUAUUUAAAAAUGCUCAAAUUUGUACUCAUCCAGGAAAACAUUGUAUUCCACCGCUAAAAGAGAUUCGAGAAAAAUUAGAGGGAUUUUUAGAUCAAUUUUUUUAAAAUUGAAAAUAUUUUUUGUUUAAUAAAGUUUGUUUUCUUUUUGGUUUUUCAAUAAUUUAUUUUGUUGUUUUUACUAUUUUAUUUGAUUUUUAAUUAUUUUUUUAAAUUUAACUUAAUUUUUCUAGGUCAUUAAAUAUGCCAAUUUUACAAGUUUUCACAAAUAUUGCUUCAAAAUCAAUUCCAUCAGAAUUUUCACAAGCAGCGAAAAUUAUUGCGAAUUUGACUGGGAAAAAGGAAAAUUCUGUAAUGGUUCUAGUUAAUGCUGGGAAUGUUGGCUGUUUUGGAGGUUCUACCGAUCCAUUUAUUUAUGCCGAACUUCAAUCAAUUGGGGGAUUUACUGAUCCAAACAAAGUAACUGGGGAAAUGACAAAACUUUUUACUGAACAUUUUGGGGUUCCUGGUAGCCGAGUUUAUAUGAAAUUGACUGGGCCUGAUGCAAAUCAAAUUGCUUGUGAUGGGAAAUUAAAAGGAUAA